AUCAAAAUGCAUACAUCAUAUUAAUAAUGUAUACGAUCAUUGUGAAAACAUAAUCAUUUACCCGCUCAUUGGUAAUUGUUCUAGUUGAAAGAGACCGAGUUAUUUUUCUAUUAUCCGCAAUUCAAUUAGUUAUUUCUUAUUAUAGGCCUGAGAGGAUUUCAAAGAGGCAAUAAUACAGAUAUAAGUGAUUACACAAUUAAAGUUACUUGUGACUGAAGCAGUGUAAAAAAUGGAAAAUACAACUUUGUUCGACAAUAGUGGUUUGGAAGACGCGACUAUGUUUGAAAACAUUACCAAACAAGUUGAACCGGGCGGAGGUUACAGUGAAGAAGCCUUGGCAAUCAUUGGGAUCAUUCUCGCCUUGAUUAACAUUGUCACAUUCGUGGGGAACGUCAUUGUCAUCAUAGCCGUUUACAUCACUCCGGCCUUACAGUCAUUGACAGGGUUCUUCAUUGUUUCUUUGGCAGUUUCGGACAUUCUCGUUGGAGCUUUGGUAAUGCCGUUUGCGAUAUACAGAGAAGUGAGAAAUGGUUAUUGGCCAUUUGGAAAUGCCAUUUGCGAUCUUUCUAAGAGUCUGGAUAUAAUGUUCUCAACUGCAUCCAUAUACAAUCUGCUCUGUGUUGCGAUUGACCGCUACUUUGCCAUUUGUCGCCCGUUCUUCUAUCAUGAGCGCUUUAACAAGAAGGUCGUAAUUUCUAUGAUUGCUUGCUGUUGGAUACUUCCGAUAUUUCCUUCGUUUGUAAGUGUAUUUGCAAAGUGGCCAGACAUUGGUGUUGAGGAAAUGAUACAGGAAAUGACAAAUAACGGAACCCUGCCAGUCUGUCCAUUUAAGGUCAGCCCAGCAUAUACUAUCGCAACAUCCCUGUUACUGUUCUACAUCCCUGCUGGAAUGAUGAUAGUCGUUUACAGCAUCAUCUUCUACAUUGCUAGGUCUCAGUCUAGAAAAAUCCAAGCACUUGAGAUCGCAGAUGAUCGUGAUAAACGCUCUGAAGCCAGGAAUAUGAAAAGAGAGCGUAAGGCGGCGAGGACACUUUUGAUCAUCAUGGGAGCAUUCCUCCUUUGCUGGCUGCCGCUGUACUUGUUCAAUAUCAUUGAUGUGUCAAUCGGGUACAAGAUACCAGGAGUACCAUGGGGCAUAGUAUCUUGGCUAGGAUGGAUGAAUUCUAUGUUCAACCCCUGGAUAUAUUACGCGUGUAACAGUAACUUCAAAGCCGCUUAUGUCAGAAUCUUCUCUCUUGGAAAAAGAAGAAUGGACGUUGAAGAUUCAUUAGCGUCGGCUUCUGAUCAUUAAUACAGGAGCUAAAGUAACCGUUUUACUGCUCUUGAACAACUACACGGUAAAAAUGGAUCAUAUUUUAAUUCAACUGACCCAUUUUCAUAAAUCACACGCAGGUUUUGCACAAUUUAGGCAAAGGACACAGAUAGAGAAAGUGUAAAUCACAAUGCUAGCCAUUGGCCAUCGACAUUUGGACCUGUUGAAUACAGCUCUACAUUCCAGAUGAGAUUGACUAUUGUUUUUAGUCCAUUUAGUAAAAUUGGAUCAUUCGCGUUAAUAUGUUUUUUUCAUAGGGCAGGUAAACCAUAAUGCCAUUAAUAUUCAACAUUUUGUUGAUCAUGGUACAUAUACAUAUGGUACAUAUAUUCCAGAGAAACUGAUUGCUGAGUCAAAGGGAGAAAUGAAUCAAAUGUCACAUAUAGCUUUAGGUUACCCGAGAGCAGUAAUGUAGAUGCCGAUGGAGACAGAAUCAUGCAUGGUCCUAUUGACCGUUAACACAAGGGCACAGCGCGGACUAAUAUUGGCAAGACAGCCAUCGAGUCCGCAGUAGGUGUAAAAAGGCAUUCAUCUUGAGAGUUUAAAUUAUGCAUGUCAAACUUUCUGACCGUUUUCAACCAGUUUAAGGCCAGCCAGCCUUAUUUAUAAAUCCGUGUUGUCCUGUAUUGGCAGGCUAGACUCUUGAAAGAAUCCUGUAGUGCAGUUAUUUUAGGAUAGAAAUACUAUAGACGCUUUAAAAUGGCUCAACCCUUGAGAUAAUAAUUAAAUCGUAUCAGCCCACUGUUGGAUCCAGGGGGGCCAUGCCCACCCCCUUGGGUGGGACCAGAAAAAAUGUUUUGGCCCCAAAAAAUGUUGGGCCCAAAAGUUGUGUAGGGCCUCAAUUAGUGGGCCCUUGGGCAUUACUUGGCCUUUUGGGCUUUUUAGGUCAAAUUAUCAAAAAUGGGCCUUAAAUUUUCAAAAAUUGGGCCCAUUUUUUGGAUUAAGGAGCCCAAAGUUUCUUCUGAUUUGAAAUGUGGGCUUAUUAGCUUCUGGAUCCGCCAGUGCAGCCGGUGACAUACACUAUCAAUAAGUAUCGCUCACGCCUUUCUUAUUGUUUUGGCUUUUCCAAGGAUUAAAUAAAAAGAAAUAGAGACUAACCUUGUAUACGCGAGUGCAACUAACGC